AUGUUGGGCAAAUACCGUUAUAUUAUAGUGCUGGAAGAAACCUACGGGAUUCCUUGCACAGCAGCCUCCUCGCAAACGGCAAAAAUCAAGGAUACAAAUGACUCCGAUAUUAAUCGCGUCAAGAUGUUGGUUUCUUUCAACGCAUCGUGCGCUCAGAGCGCUAAGUUGCAAUUUCGUCAAGUAUAUGAGAAUGAACUGUUCCCUGGAUUCUCACUGGAUAUCGAAAACGCCGAUGGCCAUGGUGACUACACCCAAUGCCUGGACUCUGUAAGCGGAGUCGUCAGGACCUGGCAACAGCGGUCUUAUCUGCCGGCGUCGCGCAAUGAUUCGACAACCGGAGCGAACACACCCGAUCAACCGGUGAACGCCAGCAUACUACACGGCAUAACUGGUGUCAAAGACUUGCACGAUGCAGGCAUCGCUGGGCGGGGACUCACCAUUGCCAUGAUCGAUACAGGCGUAGACUAUGGUCACCCUGCUCUCGGCGACGGCAUGGGAGAAGGCUACAAGAUCCGUUACGGCAUCGACCUCGUUGGAGACAACUGGCAGAUUGGGGAUGCGCCGCGGCUGGAUCCUGAUCCCUACACCGAGUGUACAGACCACGGGACGCACGUUUCAGGCAUCGUUGCUGGCAAUCAGUCAUCUCUUGGGUUUGUUGGUGUAGCUUCCGAGGCCAACUUGGAACACUACCGCGUCUCUGGGUGCAAUAGGGUUCCUAUCCAGUCGGAUAUCGUAAUCAAAGCGGUCCUCAUGGCUUACAGUAGGAAGGUUGAUGCUGUGUCUCUCUCUUUGACGUUGAACACGGGUCCUUACCCUGAUGACCCCUUAUCCGAAGUCCUAGCGAGGAUCUCGCAGGAAGGAAACGUUCUCGUCGUGGUGGCCUCUGGUAAUUACGGAUGGCAAGGCCCUUUCUCGGCCAGGGCACCAGCAUCAGCCCCGAACGUCUUAGCCGUCGGCUCAGUCAACUCGGCUUACUCGGUGCAAAGCAGACCUCGAGCAAGCUUUUCAGUUGACAACGCAACAAAUGGUGAGUCGCAGUCGACGGACUUUGCUUGGGCUCCUGCGACUCCAGGGAGAUUUCCAGACUCUCUAUCUUUACAAGCGACGACUCUUGACACGUCAAUACCGGACGACGCAUGUUCAAGCUCUGAAAACGACCCGCCGCUCUCAGACACCGCGGUAGUUCUUGUUCGACGCGGAGGCUGUACAUUCGAUGUCAAGAUGAAGAAUCUGGCAGCCAGAGGUGCCACUUACGUGCUUAUCUACGACAAUGUAGACCAGCCUCUCUUCGAGUUCGACAACAAGUUUGACGAGAUCCUGGGCGCCGGUUCGGUUACUGCACAUGUUGGAAAUGAGCUGAUGCGUGCGCUGUCUGAGGGAUCCGAAGUAACAUUGAUGAUGGACUCGGGCUUUCGUGGAGUUCCUUUUAUCAAAGUAGGCGAGAAUUCGCUGCCUCCUGGUCAAGUUAACGGACGAGGCUCCUGGGGCCCGACUGGCUUGGGAGACAGCAUGCCCUCUCUGUUGGCUCCCGGGCAGAGCAUAUGGUCAACUAUCCCUCGCAGUUGGGGUGGCUUUGGUACUCUGUCCGGCACGUCGAUGGCCGCGCCAUACAUUGCCGGUUGCGCAGCACUCGUCAAGCAAGUCCAUCCUGGUCUCAGCUCCUCCGAAAUCUCGAGGUUGCUCACCAGCACGGCGCGACCGCUCAAUUUCAAUGACGGGACAAACAAGACAUACAAUUUUCUAGCCCCCGUUGCGCAACAGGGCAACGGCGUCGUCGAUGCCCUUGGGGCGGUCAGGACCAAGACCGCGCUCUCCAGGUCUCAUCUGGCAUGGAAUGACACCGACUUCUUCACUGGAAGCGCAUCUUUCGAAGUCCAAAACAAAGGAAACGAGUCGGCAGAGUACAACUUCUCCCACAGGCCGGCCGUCACCGUCCUCGCCUUGUCUCCCGAUGGGCGGAGCAUCACGCCGUGGACUAGAGACAACUCCUCCUCGCUGGCUUCCGAGGAAUUUCUGCAGAAUUUACUCGCAGACAGACACGCGGACGUCACGAUAUCCCCUCAAUCACUGCGGAUCGGGCCCGGCGAGACAGCGUUAGUGAGGGUAACGGCGGACAUCAAGACUCUGGACGACCUGAGAUCCCGUUGUCCUCUCUACAGCGGAUUCAUUUAUGUCAACGAUGGCGGGAGCGACGAUGGACUGACCAUAUCAUACAUGGGGAUCGGUUGCUCGAUGCGUCGGAUGGUCGUCAUGCCUCCAGGCUGGAACAAGACGUUCGUCACCGCCGCCACUACGAAGCAGGCCGAAGGCGAGUCUUAUGAUGCCAUACCCAUCUCGCCCAACACGACAUUUCUGCUCCAGGGUCAUCAAACGCCAAAGAUGUACCUGAACACUUCGACCUUGCUUCCAACGUUGAAUGUGGAACUGGCGAUGUUCAGUCGGGCGCUUACUGUUGAGGUGUUCCCGGCUGCAGCCGCUGACGACGAUCGGGGUGUCUCGGUGUUUUCCCCGGACCAGGCUGCCAAACCUGGAGGCUUCGGCCGCUCGACUACGAAUUUAAUCACGUGGAGUGGGCAGCUGGAGAAUGGCUCUUGGGCGGAUGAGGGGCUAUACAAAUUCAAGGUGUGUGCUUUAAGAGCCUGGGAGCGGACAUCGGGCCCUCAGGCUCAGAAAGAUUGUGUUGUCACAGCACCCUUUGGUAUAGAGUAUGACGGGUAA